CCUGGGGGAGGAGACAUGUGUAUCACGCUUUCGCUCAUGCUUUUGCGUUUCGCCUACCAAUUCCAGCUCAUCGCGCACAUUGUUCCCGCGAACUGAACGAGCGCACUGACACCACCAUCAUCCAGCAUCCCUCCAGCGCACCUUCAUCUUCUGUGGCUCUGCUCGCGUUCGGAGAGAAGUGGAGAGCUGGGGAGAAUAAACAACCGGAGCUUUGCGCGAGUCGUUAUUUCAUUCGUCUGACUUCAUGGGACGUGCUUUCAGCGCGAAACGGUUUAAAGACCUACAAGUCGUCGUCAUAUUAUUUCUUUCUGUGCUUGGGGACAAUGUUUUAAAGCAAACACUGGUGUGCGCGCUUCGCUUUAAAUGAGCUCAGAUUGGAGAGCCGCUAGGAACCCAAGCAAGGAACUAACUUGAACUACGAAAUUGGAGAACUCCAGCUACUGUGUUGGAUCAGAGACGACGUCUACGGCUUCCGGGCCAUGAGUAGUUUUAAGGGCCAGGAUGUGGAAAAGCAAGGCAUCAAGCUGCCAAAAAAAUGGAUUGAUUCCAAUGAAAAAAUCCCCACAGACCGUACGAUGGUUGUCGGGGGAGUUGUGGGAGGAGGAAACGCAGGAGGUCAGUUGAGAAAACGGCGUCAGCGCUAUGUGGAAAAGGACGGCAAGUGCAACGUCCACCAUGGAAACGUGCGCGAAACCUACCGUUACCUGACGGACAUCUUCACCACGCUCGUGGACUUAAAGUGGCGCUUCAAUCUGCUGGUCUUCACGCUGGUCUACACCACCACCUGGGUGUUUUUUGGCUUCAUUUGGUGGCUCAUCGCCUACAUCCGUGGAGACCUGGACCACACUGAUGACAACGAGUGGACGCCGUGUGUCAAUAACCUCAAUGGCUUCGUCUCAGCCUUCCUUUUUUCCAUCGAGACCGAGACCACCAUUGGUUAUGGGUACCGUGUCAUAACGGAAAAAUGCCCUGAGGGCAUCAUCUUGCUUCUGGUGCAGGCCAUCUUGGGCUCCAUCGUCAAUGCCUUCAUGGUGGGCUGCAUGUUUGUGAAAAUCUCACAACCAAAGAAACGUGCCGAAACACUCAUGUUUUCCAACACAGCUGUGAUAUCCAUGCGGGACAGCAAGUUGUGUUUGAUGUUCCGCGUUGGUGACUUGCGUAACUCACACAUAGUGGAGGCCUCAAUCAGGGCAAAGCUUAUCCGCUCUAAGCAGACCAAGGAAGGAGAGUUCAUCCCUCUAAACCAGACGGACAUCAACGUGGGCUUUGACACGGGGGACGAUCGGCUGUUCCUGGUGUCACCGCUGAUCAUUUGCCAUGAGAUCAACAAGAACAGCCCCUUCUGGGAUAUCUCUCAGGAGCAACUGGUGCGAGAAGAGUUUGAAAUAGUGGUCAUUCUGGAAGGAAUGGUGGAGGCUACAGGAAUGACAUGUCAAGCCCGCAGCUCAUACCUGAACUCAGAGGUGCUUUGGGGAGAACGUUUCACCCCUGUGCUCUCGCUGGAGGAGGGAUUUUACGAGGUGGAUUAUGACACAUUCCACCACACCUACCCAACACCAACCCCUUCCUGCUCCGCUCGGGAGCUUGCAGAACUGGCAAAGAAAGGGGAAGCUAUCCCUUUGCCCCCUAUUUCUCCUCCAGCAACACUGGGAGAGCCCCCAAGCCCAGAGGAGAAGCCUGAGGAGGAGAACAAGGCAGAACAAGAAGAAGCAGAAGAGACUGUUAGCAACGGUGAUGUGAACAGAAUGGAGUGUGUGCAAGAAUGAGUUCACGCAUUGCAAUCUCCAGUCUUUUGCUGCCCCUGUGUGGCAGACGGAAAUAUACAGAGAUACAAAAACUCACUUCAGCCGCAUAAACGCCGCAUAAACUGAGGAAUUGUUACAAAUCUAUAGGCCUGUAGGUCUACAUUUUGUCAUUGACUCCACACUGGUACUGUUAUUAACUGCUUUCAAGAAUAGAACAAAGUGCAUAUGGUAAAGUUUUUAAACUUUAGACGCAAAAAUGCUUAAAACCUCUUUCAGCUUGAAUUUAUUUAAAUAAGAUGUAUAUAUUUGCAGCUUUGUACUGUGAUUGCUUUAACCUGCUACUGAGCUUGCAUUAUUGCUUUUGAGGUUUAUAAGUAUUUCUGAAUCCAGUUGAUAGAGAUUAAGAUUUGUUUCAGAUGGUGCUUAUAGCUUCACUAGCAUUUUAUGAAAGCUUGUUUCUGCCACAGGAUAACAAAAAAAGGGGAAUUGCGACUGUAUCUCACAACUGUUGCAAUUCUGAGAAAAAAAGACUGAAUUGUGAGGUAUAAUGUUUGAAUUGUGAGAUUCUGAGGGGAAAAAAAGGAAUUAACAAUAGUCAAAAAAACAAUAUUGUAUGGAAGCUUGUUUCUGCCACGGGAUAAAAAAUUUUUUUAAAAGGUUACUUUUUAUCUCAUAAUUGUAACUUUUUUCUCACAAUACUGAAUAUAAACUGCGAAUUCCCGAGAUAUAAAUUCAUAACUCUGAGGAAAAAAAGAAUUGAGGUGCUAACUGGAAAUGGCAAGAAAAAAGUAAGAAUUAGAUGUAAUUAGUGCGAUAAAAAGUUGCAAUUACGUUUUAUAUUUUAUAUUUCAUGGUUGAAAAAAAAAAAAACAGAAUUGCGAGAUGUAAACUCUGAAUUGUGAGGGGGAAAAGUAAAUAUAUAUAUUUAUUUAUACCAAUUUACAUCUCACAAUUAUGACUUCUUUUUCCUUGGAAUUCCAAGAAAAGAAGUCUGAAUUGUGAGAUAAAAGCUGCAAGUUCCUGUAUUUAUUUAUUUAUUUAUUUUGCAUUUUUUUUUUUAUCUCAUGGCAGAAACGAGCUUCCCUAGCAUUUUCUGGGUGAAACUGCUGGUUAAAAAAAACAAACACACGUUUUUCAUUUCAUUAAUGAAGGACAUUGCAUUCCCUAUAAAGGGCGUGUUGAAUAUGCAUAGAAUAUGCUUAAAAUUGCACAUCAUGUAUGAAACUGUACACACAUGCUGUAUAGAAUAUAAUUUCUCUAACAAGUUGGUUUUCUGUGUUAGCCAACAGCGAACUCUGAGGUUAGCGGACCUCACAAACGACCAGACGGAAUGAUUGAGUUUUGCCAAACGGUUAAUGGUGGGAAAUAAUUAUUUAAUUUCUUCAAAUGACAGAUAUGUAACACAAACACUAAAAGUUGGUAAUUAACACUCAACAAACAGAACGCACAAUAUAAUUGCUGCUUGUUCAUUUUAUUUGAAAUGUGUGAAAUGUAGCCUACUGUUUCUAUAGGCUAUUUGGUUAAUUUAGUCAUUUUCCAUAUCUUCUGUCUAUCAUUAAUAUUUCUGCUUGAGAAACACCCUCACUGUUAUUUAUAUCUCUUCUUUAGUUUUUUGUUUGUUUUGUUAGUUUUAACGCCAGAUUUAAUAAAAUGUUUCUGUUUUAUUUUACAAUAAGUGAAUAAUAAAGUGAGUAAAAUAAAAGAUGA